AUGUCGGUCAAAAUUAAGAAAUCAGUCGCUAGGUUUCUAAACCAUCAAGUUGCUCAUAGAAUUAAACUCUUAGAAUCAGCUCUGCUCGAAAUCCAUGAUCUUGAUAACCGUAUGAAGAUGGAACUAUUGGCUUUGAACACCCUUACGAAUCCAAACGAUGACGAAUUUUGUGAAGAGGAUUGUAUGACAUAUAUGUCUGCAGAAGACGAAUUAUUAAAAAGCCAUGAGAAUUUUGAGGAUUCCAACUGUGAUGUUAAAUAUGAGUUGGUGGAUUUGAACGAUGAUGUUACGGCUUAUGAAGCAUCAGUUAAUAAAGUCGACGAACAAAUUCAAUCAAUCGAUGUCCACCAAUCACACUCUUGUUUUACUAAGGGUCGAAAUAUAUCUGCACUGAAAACAUUCGAUUUUCUUACUGGUCUUAUUAAUGAUCGAUCGUUAGAGCUGACUUCUUGUUUACCUGUUGAUAUAGAUCAUUGUUCAGAGUAG